AAAUAAGGAGUAAUAAAUAAAGAAACAAUUAGGUUGAAAGAAAUGCUCCAACUGCCUAAUUCUUUCUAAGUCAAAAUAGUUCCCCAACUACGCACGCACCCCACCCCACAACAAUUCCGAUCCAUGGCUGCCGCCAUCUCUUCCGUCGUCGUCGUCGUCCUCGUCGUCGUCCUCGUCCUCCCAGCUCCGUCCGCCGCCUCCCCUUCCCCCUAUCUCUCCCCGGCCACUCUUGUCCGAAACUACCAAAACAUGCUCUCCAAUUUCAAGAUUUUCGUCUACACCCACCCCUCCAACUCCAAGCCCUUCGAUUCCCGGUUCCCGGCGGCCUCUCUUUUCUAUAAAUCGCUCCUCCGCAGCCGCUUCGUCACUCCCGACCCCGCCCAGGCCCACCUCUUCUUCGUCCCCUUUUCUCCCCACACCUCCGCGCGCUCUUUGGGCCGCAUCAUCAGAGACCUCAGGAGCGCCUACCCUUACUGGAAUCGCACUCUCGGCGCCGACCAUUUCUUCCUCUCCCCCGUCGGAAUCGACUUCUCCUCCGACAGGAACGUCCUCGAGCUCAAGAAGAAUUCAAUUCAAAUCUCCCUUUUCCCCGUCGUUUCCGGUCUCUUCAUUCCGCACAAAGACAUCACUCUGCCUCCACUGAUCCCGCCGCGGCGCACCCCGCCGCCGGAGAAUCCGACGGCGCCGCCGUCAAUUCUGGGGUACCUUAGAUGGGAUGGGACUAGGGGUGUGAAUUUUGUGAGCCAAAUGAAGGGUGACCCCGAUUUCUUGGUGGAGGAAUUGAAGUCGGAGGGUGCGGGACAAGAAGUUUUGAGGCGGAGCAGAAGCAGCAGGUUCUGCUUGUUUGUGUACGGCGGCGGAGAGGCGGCGUGGGCGUGGGCGGUGGAGGCGAUGAGGGAGGGGUGCGUGCCGGCGGUGAUUGUGGAGCGUCCGAUUCAGGACUUGCCGUUGAUGGAUGUGUUGAGAUGGUGUGAUAUGGCGGUGGUGGUUGAGGGUGGGCGGGUGAAGGAGGUGCUGAGCGGGGUGAGCGAGGAGAAGUGGGCGGAGAUGAGGGAAGUGGGAAUGGCGGUGGCGGCCAAGCAUCUGGUGUGGAACGCCGUCGCCGAGGAGGGUGCGGCGGCGAUGGAUGUGUUUCAUAUGGUUAUGUAUCAGCUGUGGCAGAGGCGCCAUGUAGUUAGAUACGCUCGGAGGGAAUUGAGUAUGCUUGACUGAUUUCAUUCAUUCAUUCAUUCUCUCUAUUAUGUUAUGUUAUGUUGUUGGUGUAUUACUUCUCUUCUCUCUACACGGCCACUCAGUAUCAUAUCGUGUACUUCUUUUGAUUGGAUGCCGCGUUAAUUUCAGAUUGCCCUUAUUCACUAUCA